GAAGACAUAUGUACAGUGGGGUCAUAAAGUAUUCUGAAUUAUUUUUUCUUCUAAUAUAAGCAUAUUUUUGACAUUUUUGUUUUGUUAAUUCAUUUGAACAAAUGUCAAAUUGCAUCUGAUGCUGUUAUCUAAAAGAUGAGAUGUCCAGCAACUACAUCAUCAAAAUUCAGCAUUGAAUAAACAACCAAGCUACAUCAUACAAGAACAGAUCUGAGAAUGAUAUUACCCAUACUAGUUAAUAGUGAUCUCAUCUUUACUCUGAAUAGCCAACAAGUGAAACACAACAUCUAAGCUAAAUUAUUUGUACAUGUUUAUGUUUCACACAAAGCAAACUCUGUGUGAUACUUUGAAAUCAGACCUCUCACAUUUGUGGAAUACAUAUUUGACAAGGCUGUGUGAUGAUAAUGGGAUCCGUCGCUGAAGCAAAACAACAGGGAUGGCAGCUGAGCUCAGCUAACCUGCCUUCCAGAGAAAAUGGGCAUCCAUUUGUGCCCAAUCUGGAGACAGGAGGACCUGACAAAACAUCAAGCCUCACUCGCUGUAUCUGCAGUAACAUAGACAAAGAGUAUUCUGAGUCAGAUCCCUUGCUUCCCAGUGCAUUUUACGGGACAUCAACAGCCUCUGGGACCAUAUUACAGGAUGAACCGCAGAAUAUUCAUAGCCAGGAGAUGCCAAGAGAGUCUCUCCGAGCCAUGGUGAUACAGAUUUUGGUUCCGUUCCUCCUGGCAGGCUUUGGAACAGUGCUGGCAGGGAUGUUAUUGGACAUAGUGCAGCACUGGGACGUGUUUCGGAAUGUGACUGAGAUCUUCAUCCUUGUCCCACCUCUUCUUGGCCUAAAGGGGAACCUGGAGAUGACACUGGCAUCACGACUCUCAACAGCAGUGAAUGUUGGCAGAAUGAACUCCACAAGUGAGAGGUGGAACCUGAUCAUUGGAAAUCUUGCCCUCAAGCAGGUCCAAGCUACUGUUCUGGGAUUCUUGGCUGCGCUGGUAGCCUCAGCUCUUGGAUGGAUCCUAGAGGAGGAGCUCAUUGUGAACCAUGUAGCUCUGCUUUGCUGUUGCAGUGUAGUGACCGCAUUCAUGGCAUCCCUGUUACAGGGGAUCAUAAUGGUUGGUGUGAUUGUUGGAUCAAAGAAGGUAGGCGUCAACCCAGACAACAUAGCCACGCCCAUCGCUGCCAGCUUUGGUGACCUCAUCACACUGGGACUGCUUGCCAUCAUCAGCCAAGGCUUCUUUUACUACAUGGAUCCUUACCCUUACAUUGCCUACUUGGUGUGUAUUCUAUUUGUGUGCCUGAUCCCAGUGUGGGUAAUUAUUUCAUUUCGGCACCCUGCGAGCCGCAACCUGCUGUAUUCCAGUUGGGAGCCAAUAGUAACUGCUAUGGUGAUCAGCAGUCUUGGAGGACUAAUUCUGGACAGAACCGUCUCGGAUCCAAACCUUGAGGGAAUUGUAGUUUACACACCUGUUAUAAAUGGUGUUGGUGGUAAUCUGGUUUCCAUCCAGGCUAGUCGUAUAGCUACAUAUCUUCAUUUUCACUGUCCUCUGGGGGAGCUUCCAGACGAUGCUAAAAGAUGUUACUGCCCCUGUCGCAUCUUUUGUGCCAGAGGACCAAAUGGCAGAUCAGCGCAGGUGCUGCUCGCAUUGGCCAUCCCAGGUCAUCUGGUCUUCAUCUACACUAUUUACCUAAUACAAGGCAGCCCCACCCCACCCACUCCUGUCUUCAUUUCCUUCUAUUUGGCAGCAGCUUUUACACAGGUUUUUCUACUGCUUUGCACUGCUGACGUGAUGGUUCAUUGCUUGUGGAGGUACGGCAGGGAUCCUGAUAGUUUCUCAAUCCCCUAUCUGACAGCUCUGGGGGAUCUGCUGGGCAUUGCCUUUCUGGCACUUUGUUUUCAUCUCAUGUCAUUGGUGACAUAAAAAAUGUAGAAGGCAGUAACCUCCCAAAACAUAUGAUAUGUAAUCUAUGACUUCCUGAUGUGCUGGGAUGUGUUGUUGGUCUACAUUUAGGCAUUUGUUAGCACAGUUCCUCUAAUUGAACAUCUGUACUAGAAAUAUUUGUAGUGAACAAGGAAUUUUUUUUCAAGCUCUUCAUGCAUUCCAGUCAAAUCACUGUGUGAGAUUCAAUGAAUUGCACAAAUGCUGCCUAUGCCAUGUGUGACAAUAGUUUUUGUUCAUUUCCAAGUCAUGUAACCACCUCUAUUGAGUCAAGAACUCCUGUUCUCUGCUUCCGUUAUUAUGUUAAAUACUGUAUAUGUGGCACAAGCAGCAGUUCUUACAUUGACACAUUGAACAGUGCUCCACGGCAAUGAAGCAACCUGGAUCUUGCUGGCUGAUAGAAAUACAAUCUGGUCUCAUAGAUUUAUGC